AUGGUAAGCACAAAUGAAGUAAUGCACAUAGCAAAACAGAACAGUGCAACCCUCUCUCCGAGAGGAAAAACCACUCAGCACAUUCGUGGGUUGUAUGUGCUGGAUGGCUUCUUGGUCCUAGCUGUCCCAUUUCCUCCAAGUCACCGGCUCACAGCGAAGGAAGUGUUUGAUAACGAUGGAAAACCCCGUGUGGAUAUCUUAAAGGCACACCUUAUGAAAGAAGGGAGACUGGAAGAGAGCGUUGCUUUGAGAAUAAUAACAGAGGGAGCUUCAAUUCUCCGCCAGGAAAAGAAUUUGCUGGACAUAGAUGCCCCAGUCACAGUUUGUGGAGACAUCCAUGGUCAGUUCUUUGACUUGAUGAAACUGUUUGAAGUGGGAGGUUCUCCUGCCAACACACGGUAUCUCUUCCUGGGGGACUACGUGGACAGAGGGUACUUCAGCAUUGAAUGUGUGCUGUACUUGUGGGCCUUGAAAAUCCUUUACCCCAAAACACUGUUUUUACUUCGUGGGAAUCAUGAAUGUAGACAUUUAACAGAGUAUUUCACAUUUAAGCAAGAAUGUAAAAUCAAAUAUUCAGAACGCGUAUAUGAUGCCUGCAUGGAUGCCUUUGACUGCCUUCCCUUGGCUGCUCUGAUGAACCAACAAUUCCUGUGUGUACAUGGUGGCUUGUCUCCAGAGAUCAACACCUUAGAUGACAUCAGAAAAUUAGAUCGAUUCAAGGAACCACCUGCAUAUGGACCUAUGUGUGACAUCCUGUGGUCAGACCCGUUGGAGGACUUUGGAAACGAGAAGACUCAGGAACACUUCACUCACAACACAGUCAGGGGGUGCUCGUACUUCUACAGGUGCCAUCAUUGGAAAACUCACUACCUGUUGCUCGGCAGGUUAGAUCGAUUCAAGGAACCACCUGCAUAUGGACCUAUGUGUGACAUCCUGUGGUCAGACCCGUUGGAGGACUUUGGAAACGAGAAGACUCAGGAACACUUCACUCACAACACAGUCAGGGGGUGCUCGUACUUCUACAGUUACCCUGCUGUAUGUGAAUUCCUACAGCACAAUAACUUGUUAUCUAUACUCCGAGCUCAUGAAGCCCAGGAUGCUGGGUAUCGUAUGUACAGGAAAAGCCAAACUACAGGCUUCCCUUCACUAAUCACAAUUUUUUCAGCACCAAACUAUCUAGAUGUAUACAAUAACAAAGCUGCAGUAUUGAAAUACGAGAACAACGUUAUGAAUAUCAGACAGUUCAACUGCUCCCCUCAUCCCUACUGGCUUCCAAACUUCAUGGAUGUGUUUACCUGGUCCUUGCCGUUUGUGGGUGAGAAAGUGACAGAGAUGCUGGUAAACGUGCUGAACAUCUGCUCAGACGAUGAACUGGGGACGGAGGAAGAUGGGUUUGAUGGAGCAACAGCUGCUGCUCGAAAGGAGGUUAUAAGGAACAAGAUAAGAGCAAUAGGAAAAAUGGCUAGAGUUUUCUCAGUGUUAAGAGAAGAGAGUGAAAGUGUGCUGACGCUGAAAGGUUUGACUCCAACAGGAAUGCUGCCCAGUGGUGUGCUCUCUGGAGGAAAACAAACACUGCAAAGCGCUACUGUUGAGGCUAUUGAGGCUGAUGAAGCUAUCAAAGGAUUUUCACCCCAGCAUAAGAUCACUAGCUUCGAAGAGGCCAAAGGCUUAGAUCGAAUUAAUGAGCGAAUGCCUCCGCGCAGAGACGUGCCAUCCGAUGCCAACCUUAACUCCAUCAACAAGGCAAUCUCCACAGAGACUAAUGGCACGGACAGCAACGGCAGUAAUAGCAGCAAUAUUCAGUGACCACUGUCUGGGAGGGGGGUUGAGCUGCAGGGCGCGAUGGGGUUGCUGCACAUCAGCAGUGGGAUGUUCUUGCCUCUGAUAAUAGCUUACUUGCUCUGGGGGCCAGGUGUUGGAUUCAGUUUACAAAAAAAUCAUACUACGAAGAGAUCGUCAACUUUAAUUUGGUGGGAGGGAGGGUGGGGGAGAGAGACACCUCCUUUGGAUAUGCCUUUACAAUGCUUGUAGAAAAAUGAAAGCUCAUGCUGGUAUAUAUUGCAAAGUUAGGGGAAUGAACAUGUUUUCCUACUGCAUUGGGAACGUCUAGAUAUGUUACUGAAAGGCCUUUUAUUAUGUUACUGGACAUGAAAACUUUGUUUAAUUUCUUACUAACUAUUGUACGUUUACAGUUGCAGCACUAAACAUGGACAACAUCAAAACAUUUUUAACAAAAUGUACAAACUAAAUAAGGACUAUUUAUUGAUAAUGUUUUGCUACUCUUGUCAGACAAUGGCUAUGAAAUAAAAUUAGGCAGUCUUUAAAAAUAUAGAGAAAAAAAAAGAAAAAAAAAAUAGAAUGUUGGAAAUUUGUUUAAAAUGCCAAAAAAAAAAAGAGAAAGAGAGAGAGAGUGAGAGAGAGAGCGAGAGCGACAGUUUAAUUUUGUACAGAUUAUGCUUACCUCAGGUUUCUUUAGUGUGCUUCAAUGCCCUUCUUUAAAUAUAACACUUAUCUUACUAAUUUGGCAGCAAUUAUCCUUUUCUUUGUUAAAAAAAAAAACUGGAAUAAUGAUAACAUUUAUCUUUUUUUGCUGUUUAUAUUUAGGGGGGUUUGGUUUGGGGGGUUUUCUGGGUUUUUUUGGUAAAUCAAGUCUUGGUUGUGGCUUGCUGAAUUUAAAUAUUUAUGAGUGGUGCAUUUUUAAGUAUAGUGAACAAGACACCAUAUUAAGUGCAGUGAAAAGCAUCUAUAUUCUGUAAAAAUCUGCCUAUGCAUGUUUUUUAAGAAAAAAAAUGGCUGUAUAGGCCUGUAUGGGACUGUAAUGCGCUUAGUGGUCUGACUUAUACUGGAAAUGUAUGUAUACUGGCGUACUUUAUAUUCUCUAAAAAAAAAUGCUUAAUGCCUUUGAAAUUUUGUAAUCAAAAAAAAGCUUUGAAAAAUCUAAGGGGAGAGUAUUCUUAAAGUUUUUAACAUAAGCUUGUCAGUGCACAUAUAGAUGGGUAGCAUGUUUAGCAAACCUUGUGAAAUUUAAAUAAGUUUGUAGUUACAUGUGAAAUUCUAAAUGCAUGAUAACUGUUAAUGUCAUAAUGGUUUAGUCAUUUUGUUCUGUUCUGUCAUGUGCCACAAAAUGUGUAAUUUUUUCACUUUUUUCCCUUUGUAUAUCAGUUACGGGUUUCAACUGGUUCAUUCUGAAAAAGAAAAAAGAAACAAAACAAAACAGUUCCAUUGAUAUUUUUUAACAAUUGUAUAAGUGCCCAAGUAAUUCACUACAGCCUACAGCCUUGCCUUUGUAAUUUGACUUCGAAAUGUUGGCAAUCAAAGCAUGCACUUGUAACAAUGAAAGAAGCAUUUUAUAUUACUACUCAAUAAAAAUGUGCAUGAACUUAA